CGGUACCAAUAGUUAUCUGUUUCUACUUCCGUUAAAACACACAAAACACAGAAACAAACAACAUGUCAACGAAAAUUCGCUCACAUAUGUGCUUAACAGAGGAACUUUAGGAUAAUAUGGCGUGUGAAAAUAAUAAAAGAGGAAGUUUGUGUAUAAACUCUAGCGGAUUAAAGAGAAAUAUUCGGGAAGAAAGUGUAAUUUCAAGAAUUAUUCCAGAUUCAAAGUGGACAGUAUGGUGCUAUGAAAAGUGGAAAUUUGCGCCAAAGUUUGGACACUUGCGUAAAUACAAUAUGGUAAACUGUAACUGAUUCGAUAAAACACUAGUUAAACGUUUCAUCUAUUUAUUACAAUUGUUUCAUAAUGAGUUCAUUAAGAUGUAAAUAUAACGGCUGUCAGAAGGCGACACACUCUGAAAACAAAACUUUCAAAGGAGGAUCCAGUGCAAAUCACAAUAUAAAAGGUUUAUUACGUCUUGACAGUACAGGCGAAGUUACUACAGCUCAACAAGUUUCAGAUUGUCAAAAUCUGUCAUCUAAUCAUGAUGGUCUGAAUUCAAAAGACAGCCACAGAUACAACCAAAAGUCCUACAAAAAGAUUGUAGGUAAUCUGACAAUGGGUUCUUUAAUAAAUUCAGCAGGUGCCUAUUUGGAUUCAGCAACAUCCUAUAUAGAAAAUUUGUGUCCAUAUAAGACUUCAAGAGGUUUAGCUAGAAAUCAUAGUGAUAAUACAUCAUUCAAUUACCUAAAGAAUAUUAUAAGUGGAGUAAGCAAGCCUCGUCAUAAUAGUACAAACCCAGUUACUGACUUAGAUACAGAGCCAGAUUGUUUUAAACAGUCUUGUAAGUGUGCAGAAACUAAACAUUGUGAAGAAAUAGAUAAAACUAUGAGUUGGACAGGCAAUAUUUUUGGAGCUCUUCAAAACAGUCUCUUGAGUAACUGCCCUGCAAAGUCAGAAAAAAUGAAAGGUGUUAAUGUCGAAAAAUAUGUGCCUCCACAGCGGAGGUACAAUCAAGCAAAGACAAGAAACGUUACCUCAGUUGUUGAUCCAGCAUUAACACCAUACAAUGCCAAACUUCUUGAAAAAAGCAAAAGACCCCAGUCACAUUCAAAUGUUAAAAAGGACUUUCUUGCUGAAAAUUAUCAACAACAGGUUCAUAAAACAAAUGGUAUUGUAAAAUCUGGAAAUAACCUGGGAAAAAAAUGUGAAGAAAAGGUCAAGAAUUGCUGCCCUGAUCAAGAGACUGUGCUUCAUUGUACACUUGACUCCACUGUUUCAUGUGAACUUGAAAGUAAAUGUGACAAAGUAAUUAUUGAUGACCAGACAGAGGCAGCUACCUCAGAAACUGAAACAGACUGGUUUGACUAUGAAUGUGAUAAUGCUAAAUGUAUCCCUCUAUCCAUGGAGAAAAUUCAACUUGCAUCUCAAAAGUGUACCAAAAAUGACCAUAUUGAGGACUUAGAUUCCAAUAUUCAGCAGUUGCAUAGUUGGUUUAGUAUUGAAGCAGCAAACUCUGAUUCUAGUCUAGCUAAGAAUGCAGCUAAUCUGUGUGAUAAAAACGAUACUUCAAAUUGUAUAGAAAAAGAAAAUAUUCAGAUUGUAGAGAAAAUGUCUGAUGAUACAGGUAAAUGUGCUGAAAUAAAAAAAUCACAGCAUGUUGAAAGUGAACAACUUUCAUCUAGAUGUAAAUCCAAGUCACAGGAUAUAAAUGAAGCUGAUAAUAAUUACGUGCUCUAUGUACGCAGUUUUGGGAGGAGAGGAAGGCCAUCAGCCAAAAAACGAAGACGUCAGAAAGCCCAGCAGAAUGAAGCACAACCAUCAAGUGAUAAAUCAAGCUCAGUGCCUAAAUCAAAUAGUGCUCCCAACGGUACAAUGGCUUUUAUUCUUGGAUAUGGUACUGACAGUUCAGUAAAAGACCCCCAUUCAUUCCAUGUUUCUUGUGAUAUCGAAAGUGAUUCAGACUGGUCUGAUAGUGACUUUGAAAGUGAUGAAAAUUUGUCCUCGCUAGAUGAUGAAACCAUGAUGUUUGCAAGUGGACUGGGAUUUCAGUGCAAUGACCCUUUAAGCAAUAUGCAAUGCUUCACAGUAAAAUGCACAAUGCAACCAUCUGAAGAUUCCAAUCUGUCAUCUGAUUCCAGUGCAAUAGACAAAAUAAAUUUGUCAUGGAGGGUUCAGCUCUCUGUUGAACCAGAGUCACCUAAGAAGAAGACAUCCACAACCAAAAAGGUUCAUUUUGCAGAUGACAACGAUCUCAUUACAGUCCAUCCAAUAAUUGCGUGGUCACAUGCAUACCAAGCUGCACGAAAAGGACCCUGGGAGCAGUACGCUCGUGAUCGUGGACGAUUCCUACGGAGAAUUACAGACAGUGAAACAUUACUGAAACCAGUGCUACAUAAAAACCAUAGAGACUUAAUUUUCAGAGAACGUUUCUGUGAACGAUAAAUCGGAGAACUGUUCCAAUCUGUGAUAUUUGCUGGAUAAUGUCAAGGAAAAUUAUCAGCAGAAAUUAAUUCACCAUACAAUAGACAAGAAUUCUUUCAGUGUGAUUACUCCUGCCAUAUGAGUCUGCCCAGUGCUAACAGUUAAUCGUACAACUUUACAAAACAUCACUGCAUGGCUUUGUCAAGCUUCAUUCGUCUAGUUGGGACAUCACAUGUCACAAAAACUCAUAUACAUUCCACAGUAUACACUAAUUCAUGGUGACUAAUCAGAUAUAUAAUUGUCAAAAGCAAAAAUAUUCAAAAUUGAGAAAAAAGGUAAAUCGUAUUCAUAAAAGGUAUCUUGACCUUGUAUUCACUCAUCAUAGUUCACACUACUGGUACAGGGAUUUUUUAAGGCUGAUUUUGGGGCCGAAUAUGGGCCCCAUCCCAAUUCCAAAAAUUUGCUUAUUUUCCCAAUUUUGAGGUAUAAAUUUCCCAAAAAUCUGCCAAAAAAUACCAAUUUUUAGGUAGUCUCAAUUUUCAAGUUUCCAAAACUUUCAAAAGACAAAAAAAAAAGACUUUUGAUGUGACUUACAACAAAAAUAAAAAUUAAACAAUUCUGAAAUAAAGGUUGUAUGAUGGUAAAACUUAUUUUUAUGAAUUUCCCAGUUUUCAGGUCUUACGCGUCAUUUUUCCCAACUGAAUGGGUCCCGGGCUCCCAGGUUUAAAACAGUAAAAAAUCCCUGUGGUAUAAAAAACUUUCUGUACAACAGAUUUGAAAAUUGUUUCAACAAUAGACCAGUCAGUACUCUCACAUAAUGUUCAAAGAUGAGUAACAGAUGUUAUUUUGUAAAAUGCAAAUAAAUAUGAAAGUUGUCAUUCAAAACAUCUAUAAAAAUCUAUAUCGAUCUUGUUCAUGUUCAGUAGAUUGUAUUGUUCCAAACAGCUUGUUAAUGUUGUUGCAUUUCACUGAAUUAUUCAGCUGUGCCACUUUCUUUUAGAAAUUGAAAAUAUUUUAGAGAAAUUGCGAUAUAUGAAUGGUAACUUUGUACAGAUUUAAGUUCACAGUCACGAUCAGGCCACGUUUUAAAGGUAUGAAUACUUUAAGUAAAAAGGUGAAGAGAAAAGCUCAUCUGUUUGUCACGUUAUUUUUAUAUUAGGUAAACUGUUUUCGGUGUGGACAGGUUUAUACACGAGUUAAAUUUCUUAUCAGGGCGGUCAUGUAUGCAGGUUGUACUUAAAUUCUGACUUUAAAAACUUCUGAAAAUUUAAACUUGUUUUCAACAUGUUCAAUAUGUUAACAUUUUUCAUCUUAUUGCAUUUUGAUUAAUACUGUUAAAUAACCUAUGACCUAUGUUCAUGUGUUGCAUACCAGGAUAUAAAUAUGUACUGGUUAGUAACAUGUGCCUGAGUCAACACAUGUAGGCACACCUCAUGAUGCAAUACAGGUGGAUACACAGAUUUGGUGGUCUAGAUAAACUUGUUUAAAGUAUGCUUAAUAUGAUAACUGUUUUCAGUGUUGAAGGCCUAUUAAUUUACAAGCAUGUACAAUUAAUAUGUUGAAGGCUUAAGGUAUAUUGAUGUAUUUUGCAAGGUCUGGUGAAUAUGAAAUCAGUCUCUUGGUUUAAGAGUGGUCAGUGCAUUUACAACAGUAAUUUAAAUAUUUGAUAAGAAAGGUUAAGGUAAAUGAUGAAAUGUCAUACCCUUCUUUGCAUCAGAAAAAAGUUGAAAAUGAGUGGCUUUUUGCCAAAAUUACAAAUGGUUUAAUAUAGCUUUGAUAGAAAGAAGAGGACAAUGAAUGACUAUACUAUAUAAUAUAUUUAUUAUAUGUCAAAAAUUUGUUGGUAUUAUCAUAAUCACUAAAUGAAUAAUAUUAUGUGAAUGUUUUGUUCUUUUAUUGUUACUUGAAUAGGAACAACCUGGUAAUACAUCAUGUUCUUAUUCCAAAGAUAAAUCUGGUGUAAUCUGUGUUCAGGAAGAUUUAUAUCCAAUUUUUACAAACAACAACAAUCUGAAUACAAAGUCCAUGCACUUGUAGAUCUAUUUUGUUAAUUAUAUGUGCUAGGGUAAAGCAUGAGUAUGCUUGUUGUUUGUCACACACCAUUUCUUGUGAAUGUGAUAUUUGUCAACAUCUUGGAAGAUAAGACAUGUCUCAGGGUCAUUGACAUACCAGAAUUUCAAAUUAUUUAUUUCUUUCCUUUGCUUAUUAUCUAGGACACUCUGGCUUUCCUUUUAAAGUCACCUUAAUUUUCAGUUUUCUGAAAACUUGUAACUAGUAAUAUUUCAGUCCAGAAUUUGAAUCGAACCCUGGACCUCUCAAACCUAAGGUGGACGACACUCUACCAUGUCGCUAUAAAAGCUAGCUGAUAUAGCAAGGCAGCAUAAGUGCACUCUUAUACUCAACCUUACUACAUAUGGAUACAGUAUCUAUGUUAAGUUCACGGAAAUGUACGGUACAUGUACUUGUGUUCUUUCAUAUACAUGGAAGUUUUCCUCAUUCCAAAAGUUGCAUUCCUAUGUUUCAAAGUAAAACAAAAGGUUGCAGCAAUUGAAACCAUUUUAAUACUGCCAUUUUGAAAACAAUACAGCUAAAUAAGGUUCCUCAAUCAUUUAGUUCAAGUUAUGUUCAUCAGAUCCAGAAAAAAUCACUGCAACAGAAUUUCUUGUUUAAAAUUAUUUUUACUCAAAAUGCAGAAGCCAGUAUUAUGCUGAAUUUGAAGAUAAUGCUAUGCAGGCCCGUGUGCAGGAUUUGUUUGCUGGGGGGGCCCAACCUGGGGUGGGUUCGGGAGGGGUAUCCCCUCCCGAUUGCGAAUUUUUUUUAAUAUGGCACAUGAAUAGAUGCAUUUUCCUGCUACCUGAAACACCUUUAUGGAUGCAUGAAUGUAUCAUAUAUUUAAGGAAAAGUCUACUUUUUAAUCAUUUCAUCAAGCCUUUUUCAAUGUAUGUAUGAUUGUACAGUCACAGUGUAUGGACUUAUUUUUCUGUAUGAUACCCAGUUGAAAAAAAAUGUUGAAGUUUUAAGAUGAUUAUUAAGAAGACUAGCUCCUAGACUAUGAUAAUUUUUUUCCACAUUUUUAUGAUUUCAUGUAGUGAACUGAGUCAGUCUAUAUACUAUGUCUAAUAUUACAAUUUUAACAUCAGUCCUCUUAGAAAAUCUCUAGAAUAGACUGGCUUUUGUCUCUAUGAACAUAAAAAAGAAAAAAAAUCAUAGAAAUAUCGUAAUUAUCAGUCUAGUGGCUAGUCUAAUUAUUAAGGGUAUCCUAUUUGCAAAAUGGCCAAAUGUUUUUAGAUUUCCAACAAAACAAACGAAGUAUUAUGACAGUUACUAUUUACAUCAUAGAUUUCAAAUGACAAUGAACUCUUAACUGUACCAAAGAUCUAUAAAAAUAAAUAGAUGUGUAUUUUAUACUUCUUUGACUGUACAAACUAUAACAUCACAGCACAUAUUAAAUGAUAUUUUUAUGUAUAAAACCCCUCAUAAGUAACGAGUUUUAGAUGCGUUUUGUGAGAUUUACUGAGAAACUACUUUUAAAACUAUGGGUGUUUUUAAGUAAGGUUAUUGGACCCAAAAGAGUAAAAUUGAUACAGUAGUUUCAAAUUCAUAAUUGUCGUAAAAUAAAAAGAUAGGAUAAAUAUCUAUCAAUUUAAUAAAUUUGGGGAAUGUGCCUUAAUGUAGAAACAAAAUACAACCAUCAUAAUGUUUCAAUUUUCAGAUUCAUUUUAAGAUUUACUUAACAAAACUAACAAUGUUCUGAUCAUUUUAUAACACUUCCAAAGAGUAAACAACAUAAUAGUUUCUCCACUACCCAAUCAAGUACCGAUCAAUGAAGCAUGUACAGAUAAACUUUUACCUGUGACAUGCCUGGGGCUAAUUUCCUCUACCGGACACGGUUUUAUGGCUCUUUAGCCUGUGUAUUGCUGUCAAAUCAAGCCAGUUGCGCUGGUGUAUAAAUUUGUUAAUUGAGGGGCCCAUAGUAAUAAAAAUCGUAACUAGGCAGCCAGCUGGGGGGGCCCGGGCCCCCUGGCCCCCCACCUGGACACGUGCCUGCUAUGUCUGUAUAAAGUAUAAGUGUAUUCUAUUGAAAUUUAGGAAUACAACAUAAGUAUAACAUAGUGAAUUACAUGUAUGCAGAUGCUCAGUUUAAUUGAGGGUUUUUUGCACUAAGUUUUAAUCUGUUACGUUAUUAAGAGUUAUUAGAAAGAGUAAAAGAGAAGCGAUAUUUUAUUCCACAACUUCCUACCUCAUACAGGUGUUGUGUAUGUAAUGAACUGAUAAUGCUGUUCACAGUAUUGAAGAACCUGUCUCGUACUUUUAUGCAAUGAGUCUUGCAUUUAUUGUAGUGUAAUACAGUUAUUUGUUGAAAAUAGUCGUGUUAACAAAAACUGGAUGACAGAAAAUAAAAUCUGGUUUUUAAACUUGGCAUCUACCAAAAUUCCCUCACAUUGUCAUAAGAAUCAAAAUCUUGCCCAGAAAAUUUUACGAUAAACAUUUUACAUUAUAGUUGAAAAUAUAGUUAAACUGGCUGAGUUUAAAGAAUUCAGAAUAGUUUUACUAGUCUCCUUUUGUAACAUUGGCUUAUGUCUGGUCAUUUAAAAAAACACCUUAAAAUGUUUACUGCUUUGUUUAGACACUAACAGACAUUCUUGACUGAAAUUCUCCCGACCUUGAAAACUUUAAUGAUGCAUUGGUACCAUGUAAAAUGUAUGAGUACAGUACCCAGAACUGAUUCUGUUACAUUUGAAUUUGACAAUUAACCUUGAUGUUAGUUCAUUUGCAUUACAUAAUUAUAUGAGCCGUGCCAUGAGAAAACCAACAUAGUGGCUUUGUGACCAGCAUGGAUCCAGACCAGCCUGCGCAGUCUGGUCAGGAUCCAUGCUGUUCGCUUUCAAAGCCUAAUAGAAUUAGAGAUACUAAUAGCGAACAGCAUGGAUCCUGACCAGACUGCGCGGAUGCGCAGGCUGGUCUGGAUCCAUGCUGGUCGCAAACCCACUAUGUUGGUUUUCCCAUGGCGCGGCUCAAUUAUGCUAUUUUGAUGGAAGUUUGAUUUGUUUUAUGCAGUUGAGUGAUAGAUCAUUUGCAUUGUUUUAUGUCGACCUCAUUAAUAUUAAGUUAAAUGAUUAAAAUAUGCAAUCACGCAAUGAAUAAAUAUAA